AUGCUGGAUCACCUUCUGCCGCUCAUCUACCGCGAGUACGAGUACUUCGACGAGGCCAACAAGGAGAACUACGGCUACGUCAUCCGUCGGCGGUCACGACCUGUAUCUUCCACGGUCUCCGCAACGUCGCGCACGCCUCCACGUCCUCUUCGACGCAGUUGCUCCAGUACCAGAGUGGAAGGCGGCGUGGCCUCUACUCGUAGUCACAAGCGUCGUCGUGAAGCCUCCGACGAUGGCAAUGAAGAACGUGGAGGCGCGAAGAAACAGGAUACCACAGCGGAGACGAAGCCUGCAACCAGAAGCCGCAAGAGACAGCGCGAUGUCACAGACGACGGCGACGAAGAGAGAGGACACGCCAAGAAACAGGAGACGACGGAGAGCGCAGUGGAAGAUGAACAGGUAAGGAACGAGAAGAAACAGCCCUCAAUAGCUGAACAGAAGGAAGCGAAACAGGACGAGAACGAUCUUGUGACGCCCGUGAAGAAGCCACAGGAGCCCAAGAUGUCAGCGAAAAAGGCCAAGAAGAUCAUCAAGAAGAAAGUCAAAGUGACGGAGAAGAAGAAAACUGUCAAGGUAUCCAAGAGUGCGACGCCCAAGCGUAUCCCAUUGCAGGAUAUCACACACCUCUAUGUGAACGAACACGCGCGUUUGUACGAGUCUCAUCAACGCGAACUCUCGGUGGCUGGACUCACGACUUCCGUCGCAAUUCGCUUCUUCUAG